CGACACCAAAAAUAACUAACUUAUCGAGUAGGAUAAAGAACUUCAUCAGGCGGACCGAAGCCUUCAUCAAGAACCAAUACUGCACAUCUUCUGUUGUUCUAGAUGAUCAUGACACCACCUCGUAGAAGUAAUGCAAGUUUCCGGACAGCAGGUUGAGCGUUCCUCGUCUGCUAGGGAGGACGCGAGUUCCACUCUGGGAAGAGUCGCUGUGCAACCUCCAAGAAAAACGCUCGCAAAAGCUGCUCGAAAGCGCGAUGCUUUUGAACUCCUGAUCGAAAAACGAAGUCGUGGUGGUGGGCAAGUGGCUGGAGGUUUUUCGGAGUUCAAGAAUAACAAGGACUCUCCAAAUAGUCCAACAAGGGUGCUAGCUUCUCGGAUCAAUGCCGAGCUUGACGCUGAGUUAGAAGAAUACACUGUAGCGAAGGAGCAAGCUGCUAGAGCUAGUGCAAAUACUAAAAGUACAAGUGGACGAGGUGGCGCUGCGGGUGACAAACCAUUUGCAGCUAGUGGCGGAGGCAGGGGAACGAGGAAAGAACGACUUGCCGACUGUGCUGUAGUAGAGAUACGAUGACAUGUUUUUACUAUAGAUUGCUACAGAAAUUCUUAGGAUUGUUCAAUUUCAUUUUCAUUGAAUCAUCAUGGUCAAUCUGUUUCUGUGUCCUCAUCUGACCACCAUCUUGAAGAGUCUUCUAAUCCGCGAACCCGCCACCGAGCGCAAAAAGAGACCGCCACUCCGACGAUACCUGAAUGACACGCCUUUGCGGAGGCUUGUUUUUGAGGAUUUUCGAGAACGAAACAGGUUCAUUUUCGGAGACUUCCCAGAAGCGGACCGCCUAAUCAACCUAGGAGAAGACUACGACAGCGAUCUCGAUUCAGAUGCCCUUAGUUCUGUCAGCUCGGACUCAAGUCUUGACGAACAAGACGUAGCUGGAGGACAAGGGGAACAAGAGAACAAUCGGUUUUUGCUGGACGAAUUGGAGGAGAAUCAAGGCCAAGAAGCAGGUGAAGGACAACAAGGUGUUGUAAGUACUCUAGAAAAUAGAAAAAAACUUGCGUCAGAACGCUUUGCUGAAAAGCUAGUGGACAUUUUGGAAAGUUCUAGUACUCAGGCUACAUCUUCAAGUCGCGGUCUUACAAAGAUAUUAAACAAAAACAAGAUGAAACUACAUCAAGGGAAGAAUAAGGAUUCGAAUGUCGAGAAGUUCCUAAAGAAUAGGAUACUCGAGCACAUUGCACAUGGGAAGAACGAGAAGGGCUUUUUGUUCUACGACCCUGACGUCGAUAGAAUUGUGGGCAGGAGUACGACACAACUAGAAGAACCGGUGCGAAUUUCAGAGGAUGUAGAGGAAUACGGUGACGUAGGUGACUUGGUAAGGGGAGCAGCUGGUGCUUCUGGAGUGGGUGAGUCUGCGGCUAUCGCAUCCCUUAUCACCUUGAUGAAAAACAAUCAAGAACAUCGACCGUCGGGCAAUGCGAAUAGAGGAGGUAACAACAUCACCGGUAGAUUAUGGGUACCGUCAAUGCAUCUCUUACGCCAUCGUUUAGCCAAUUUCAAUCUGGAAAGUGCUAAAAGAUGUUCCAAGAGAUGGGUUGUCGGUACCUCUAAGUACUAGAGGUGGCAACUCUGCUACAACUACUUCAACUUCUAGGGGCAAAGUGUCGAACGAACAACUGCAACAUCUUCAAGGCAGAAUAGAAGAUCCCAGACCUAGUACUCUAGCUCAUGGGAACAGGGGUCAGGGAGGUUCCUAUAACAUAAUGCAACGAACAUUGUCUGCUGAUAGGGAUGAGGAUAAUUUUCUCGGCUACGAAGAGAUCUCUCCUUCUACUAGGAAGCCAAGACAAUCAUCGUCUUCAGAGGGAAACAAGAAGCAGCGUCCUAGCAGAGGUUUAAAGCAAAACUCCUACGAGUCACUUGGACAGAGUGAUGAGGUGGAGAUACUAGAGGCACAACAAAUAGCACAAGUAGUAGGACAACAGGGGAAAGCGAAAGCGCCACUUCUUACAAAAACCAUCAUGGAUCAGGACCAGCACCGGAAGAUGCCGGGAUUGUUUUCUCUCGUGAGAGGAGACGCAGACCUCCAACAUAUGCAACAGGAGGAAGAUGCUCGACGAGUUGUAGGUGGGCCAAGAGGUGGAGGAGAGAAAAAAGGUAAAGGAGGAGGUACUAUGAAAAAACCUUCAGGCAGACGUAGAAGUUCUUCUGGCAGAAGAAUACAAGGUAGUAGAGCAGAUGGGAGAAGCGGAAUUCCAUCUCAGAUCUCUGAUGCAACGAUAGCAGAAAUGGUGGAUGACCCAGCUUUACUGCAGGAACUGCAGGAAAGAGAACUUGCUCUAAACGCGCUUGCAGCUGCGCAAGCUGGUGAUGAUGGACCUCAAAGAACGCGAAAAAGUACAACAACAACUGGAAAUAAAGUGAGUAGGAACUAUGGAGCUGGAGCUGCUGCUCUUAGAUCCUAUAACCCGUCAAGUCGUGAUGUGCUUCAAUCAUCUGCACCAAAUAAAGCUUCACAUCAACAGCUAGCUCUCCCAUCGUCGCCUGCGCUUAGACCAACAACAGGGGAGCUUUUUGAGAACGUCUUGACGCGCUCUAGCACUUCAGCGACGAAUCGUGCUUACAGGGAGUUACAGACGGAAGAUUUUUUUAAGGCUUCCGCUGGUCCAUCUUCGAAAGCAUCUUUCUUAGUUAGAGACGUUUCCUUUCAAGAAGGGGAAAACCGGGAACGGUCUCAGGAUGCACUUCGAGAUGGAUUAGAGGAAGCUCUAACUUUUACGAUGAUAGAUUGCGGGACGUCGCUCGUAUCGUGAACGAGCAGAAGCAAGCACAACGACAGUUGGAACGAGUAGAAGCUCGUGUUGGGAAGUCUCUGAACAGGAAAAUGCUGUUAUGGCUCCUGCAUGAUUGUCUUACAGUGUUGAAGGAAAAAGACAAACGGUAUCUUCGGGAGGCUGACUUGAUGUAUCUUCGGGAGGUUCUCCAGGAAGCUCUACAUCAAUCAGCACUUACUAGGCAUGGACAUGGAGGUCGUCUCCGCUGCUAGGCUCUCACCCUCCUUUGAACAUCCGUAAGUAGUAUCUCCUACAUCUUCUUAGAUAUCCUUCCCACCUAAUAAAUCCCGCUCUAAUCCCAACUAUGGAGAAGGAAAAAGACAAACGGUAUCAAGCAGAGAUGGACAACCAGAGGCGUGCUUUUCUCACCAUGGUAAAUCGCAUGGCGAGGCAGCAUCGUGACGAUCUGAGUGACCUGAAGAAAGCUGGAGAAGCAAAACUGAAGAAACAGGUAGUUCUCGCUUUUUAGGAUAAUGUAAUCCAUGAUUAUGAUUCAUCAUACAACAAUCUUCUAAAUCUCUCAAAAUGCUUGGAUGUGAGUCGUAUUCACACGUGUUGUUUUUUCGUGAUAGUUUGUUACAUGCUCCUAUCUCAUUUGUCUCUUCAAUUUUCACCCACUUUUUCAGAUCGUCGACGACGACAAGCGAUACCAUGCGUUAAUGAAGAAGGACCAGCUCAAGUUCGACGAAUUGUUGAAACACGAAGAAGAACAUGCGCGUAAGGCUCUCGAGAUUCACAAAGCGGACAUGAACACGCAGAAAGAUUAAGGCGAGAUAUUGUACUAUCAGUUUAACUCUGUUGUACUAGGUAGCUUCGAUUCAUUUCAUUUCAAUUGUCAACUACGUACAACAAUUUCCUGGCCCGAGUACAUGACCAAAGGACAACUAGGACAACUCAAACCCUAGUAAAGUAACAAAAACAAAAAAGUUUCUCUAUCUGACUAAUUAAUCUGUACACGUUGCAAAACCUUUUGAUCUAGUUCAAAAGGUACCACUCAAGACCAGGUAAAUGAAUGAAUGAGUGAAACCUUCUAUAAGCCUACUUAGCGGAUCUAAUCCACGCGCACUGACGUCUUCCUGGAAUUGCAAAAGUUGCGCCAGACAGAUUUCGCGGAUCCAAUCAGGGAACAGAAUGAAGAGUUCAAACGAUUCGAAGAGGAGAAGCAGGAGGAAUACUUGAAGGCGCUGCGCGAGUUGAGGAAUGAAGACAACGUCGAAUUGGAUCAGCAGAGAGAGGUACUUUAUGAUUAUAUUUAUUCUCGUCUCGGAUUAGGUACAGGUACUAUAAAUCUCGUGAUGUCCGUGCACGUGGCGUCCUGACUUGAUCGAGGCCAAUGAGUUUGAAACUGAUAGCGCGUUCGACGUUUAUCGGCAACAUCGUCAUCAAUCUUCUCGAUUUGUUUCCCACCACAGGCGUGGAACAUGCGCAUGGUUUCCUUGGUACAAGAAUUUCAAGCGGCAAAUGAAAAGAGGCAAGCCGAAAUGGAAGAUCGCAUGUUCGAAUUGAUGAAUGGCCAAAUGACCAACCUCGUAGACGCUUUGGCUAGUUUGAAACCCCCAGACAAAACGCUGAGCAGGAGAGCGGGAUGGGGUACUACAUGUUGAAGUGGCAGCUAAUUUUACAUGUGUUCUGUGGCUUCUCGACCAUGAUGUUGACCUCGACAUAAUUUUGACUGCUUUUUACUGUAAGCAGUUUCAUCUUCUUUUUAUUCACUCACUUUCCUCUCACUCUCUGUCCAGGUUCACCAACCAAGCUGACCUCCCCAACCAAAGGAGAAGAUAAACCCACCGGGGGCAGACCAUGGGGACAAGCCGGCAAGUGGACCGUGCUCGGAGAGGAUCCCCAGUAUGAUGACGAAAAAUACUGGACGCAGACGAUCAUACCUGUGCCGAAGGAGAUGCAGGCAGAUAUCUACUCCGGAAGUGAGGCAGCAACGAGUGAUUGUCUGGUGUCCGUUGACGGCAUGUCACUGCCUGAUAGCGAAAGAGAGGACCGGAACGAUCGUUCAGGACGUAGUCAUCAGUUUCCAGCUGGCUUUGCGGGAGAGGGAUGGAGGACGUGGACAGAGCAAGAAGAUCAAGAUGAUGAUUCGAGAGAGCAACAAGUGGUUGUAACAAGGAAGAGGAGGAUGUCCGAGGCUCCUCCAACGCAGCCAAAUGCUUCCAUGAUUCGCAGUGGUAGAACAACGGCGCCGUUUGGUCUCGCCUCACGCAUGGGUGGACAGGAUAGUCCACCGGUGCCCGGCUUUUCGUAAUGGACGGGAAUGUUGAAUUUGAGACUUGCUCCGAGAUGAUGCAAGUUUACUAAGAUGAUAUCUGAAACUCGCUGAUCAGUGUAUUAAAUGUACAGACCCAUGUCUUUUGUUUAUCAACAAUAUCUUCAUGCACAGAUUGUCUAUGUGUAAAAACAAAUGCUUACCAACCUAGUUGUAUUCUCUUAUCCGUAAAAUCUGGAAAUUUUAGCUAUUAACUCUGUAUCUAGGACUAGGAGUCAACCUGAAAAUAAAAGGAGAAGUGGUAUCGCAAUAUUUGACCAAGAAGAGCAGAAAUUCAUAUUCAAUCUCAAAAAUCUCAAACACAUUUAGAAUUGCAUCGUCUAUUCAAUCAAUCGUAUACAGUUGCACAGUUCUGUAAAGUAAAACCAAGUUGAUUUAUUUCGAAUUUACUCAUGAAGUGUAUAAUAUUAGACUGCAUCGGUUUAGAUAAGUAGUAUUCUUGGAUGUGCUAAUGACAAUCUUGUAAGCAAAUUUGGCAUCUCUAUUAACUAUAUCGAGUUAUGAUAGAAAACUAUUGGGCACGAAGACGAUUCAUUUUUGGAAUACGGACAUGAAGAAGAAGUAGAAUGAAUGAACAAGAAAAUUCAUAUGAAAGCGAUGAGGCUGUUGACAAAACAUGUUUCUGGAGAAAUGAUCAGACUGCUUGAUGGUCGUGGUGCAGCGAAG